AUGUUAAACCGAAGAAACCGACUUGAAAUUUUUUUAGGGAGAGAAGAAAGUGGUAGACGAACAAGAAAAGCAAGAAGACGAAAUAAAAAAGUUUCACUUCCAUGGAAUGACUCCCAAUUCGACGAAAUUAAUUGUUAUCAACGAAUUCAGGUUAAAAAGGAAGAAAAAAGUGGUUCGAAGGAGUUGAAGAAGUCAGAACGUAAAGAACAGGAAGAUGGUGGGAAAACUCAUCCUUCGGCUGAAGGCGAAGAAGUUGAACAAAACCUGAAAAAUAAAGACAAGGACGAGAAGAAAGACAAACCGGAAAAAGAAGAGAAGAAAGACAAGCCGGAAAAGGAAGACGAGAAGAAAGACAAGCCGGAAAAAGAAGACGAGAAGAAAGACAAGCCGGAAAAAGAAGACGAGAGGAAAGAAAAAAGUGGAAAAAAGAGAGAGAAAAGUGGAAAGAAGGAAGAGAAAAGUCGGAAGAAAGAAGAAGAUGGUGAAAAGAAGGAAGAAAAAGAUAUGAAGGAAGCCUCAGAGAAAAAAGAGCAAAAAGAUGGCGACAAGAAGGGAAGCAAGGAGAGUGAAGGCGGUAAAGAUAGUGCUGGGAAAGAAAGUGAAAAGGAAAGUUCAAAAAAGGAAGAAGAGGAAAAGGAGUCGGGACAAAAUAGAGACGAAGGAGAGAAAGAGGAUCAGAAGAAAGAGGAAGACAAGAAAGAAGAAAAGAAGGAGGAGCAGAAAAAAGAGGAAGAGAAGAAGGAAGAAAUAACCUAUGACCCGAAAGAACUCAAAUUCACACAAAAUGGCGGUUCAGUAAAGUUUACCGCUAAGAAUACAUCUACCAAACGACAAGCCCUCAAGAUAAAAUGUUCGGACAACGACAUCUAUCGAGUGUAUCCGGUGUUUUCUUUUGUGGAACCAGGCGCAGAACAAACUAUUGAGGUGGUAAGAAAACCUGGUAAUCCGAAGGCUGAUAAACUCGUACUCAUAUACACACCGGCAGAAGAAGGCGAAAUAGAUGCUCCACCUCUGUUCAAGAAACCGAUUACCUAUAUAGAUUUUACAAUUCCAUUGCAAGUGACAUGA